CCCGCACGGUGAUUGGCAGAGAGGUGACAGAAGCCCCGCCUCUUCCGGUGUGCUUUGAGUCUCCUCUCUGGGCACUGGCAAACAUGGCGAUGCCCUUGUGUCUGCGGGCGCUGAGGCUGUCCGGGGCGACGAGGCUCCUGAGGGCAGCCCCGGUGUACAGACUCCACACCGGACCCCGAGCUGAGGCCACGACCCCGACUACUGUCAGCCAUGGCUCCCCGUCCAAACACGAACAUGACGACCAUGAUGAGAUCAAUGUGUACGACAAGAACCCAGAUUGGCACGGAUUCAGCGAUGACCCGGUCCAAGACGUGCGCAACAUGCGGGUGGUCUUCUUCUUCGGCGUCUCCGUCUGUCUCGUGCUGGGAACCGUAUUUAUCUACUAUUCUCCAGAGAGGGGGAUGAGGGACUGGGCGCGCCGAGAGGCCGAGCGGCAGAUAAAGAAGAGAGAAGCGCAGGGUUUGCCCCUCAUUGAACUGAACUACUACGACCCCGACACUGUGGUGCUGCCCCCCGAAGACAAAUAGUUCCCCCCCCCCCCACCAAUAUUUUCUGCUCUGUAUCAAUAAACUAUGUGUUACCUUC